AUGACCAUAGCUUACCGUCGACUGCUAUUAGCGUUCAACAAUGAAACAUUCAAAAACGCACUGCAAGCCAUCAAAGACGUCUCUCGAGUCACCGUAAGCUGCUUUGAAGAUGAUGUUGCUCGUCGGAACUUCAUGGUUGCAAUCGCCGAGUCCGGAAUGGACACUGAUCAGUAUGUUUGGAUCAUGGUAGAGUCACGAAAAACCGGAUUCGGUGGGUGA